GUCUUAUUUUUGUUAAUCCUCCAGGGAAAUGCGCAACUACAACAACUUUAAUCGUGUCUGGAAGGCGCCGCGCCGCCCGUUCGAGAAGGAGCGUCUGGACCGUGAGAUGAAGCUGUGCGGCCAGUACGGCCUCCGCUGCAAACGGGAGAUCUGGCGGGUUAACAUGACGCUGUCGAAGAUGCGUCGAACGGCGCGUCUACUGCUCACCCUGCCGGAGAACCACCCCCGUCGACUUCUCGAGGGCGCUGCCAUCAUGCGCCGCUGCCACGAUUACGGCUUCCUCGAAGAAGAAAAGGAUAAGCUUGAUUACGUGCUUUCCCUCACCGUCCCGGAUAUCCUCGAACGUCGUCUCCAGACGAUCGUUUUCAAGGCGGGGCUCGCAAAGUCAGUGCACCACGCGCGCGUUCUCAUUCAACAGCGCCACAUCGCGGUCGCGAAGCAGAUCGUGACGAUCCCGUCCUUCAUCGUGCGCGUGAGCAGCGAACGCCACAUCGCGUUUGCUGACGCGUCGCCGUUCGGAAACGGCCGCCCGGGCCGCGUCCGCCGCGUACGUGCGAAGGCGAGCAAGAAGGCCGCCGCCGGUGGUGACGACGACGACGAAUAAAAAGACCCAAUGCUAUAAUUUUUAAUAAUUUGAAUAUUUAAAAA